AGAGUUUCGUCAGUUUGUAUCGAGACGGUGACGCGUGUAGAUCGCAUAUGGAAUCGCUUAAAAAUUAAUAAAUGUACAAUCCGUAUUUUAAUAGAGAUAUUUUUAAAAUUACUGUGAUUGCUAGCAAAAAAUAAUAGAUACUAUAAUGACACGCAAUAAAACCUGUUUAAACGCUUUUUUGCUACUCGGCAUAUUGAGCUCUGUGACAGCCUUUAAUUACCUUGUGGUGCUGCCAACUGGAGCUCGAUCCCACUAUAAUGUGGGAUCAUCGCUGGCCAAGGGACUAGCGGCAGCUGGUCACCAGGUGACACUUAUCUCACCUUUUGCUCUCAAGAAGCCCAUUGAGAAUAUUAUCGAUGUUCCUGUUCCAGGCAUAUUGAAGGCCAUGGGUGGCGAUAUAGACAAUCUGCUAACAAAGUCUGCACAACCCAUUAUACAACAGAUUGUUGGAUUUUAUGAUAUGGGUAUUCGCAUUAGUGAAGCAUUGCUUCAAGAUCCGUCCGUACAGAAACUUAUGCAAUCAAAUCAGACCUUCGAUGCUGUGAUCGACGAGGUGUUCCUCGAUGAAGCCCUCUUUGGCCUGGCAGAGCACUUCAAUGCUCCACUUAUUGGCCUGGGCACCUUUGGGGCUAUCAGCUGGAACACUGAUAUGGUUGGAUCGCCGUCCCCAGCCUCCUAUGUGCCGCAUGCUCUGCUGAAAUUCUCCGAUCAUAUGUCGUUUGUCGAACGAGUUAUCAACUUGGCCUUCCUCACAUACGAGUAUCUAUUCAUGAAAUUCUACUAUUUGCCAAAGCAAGAGCUUGUCUACAACAAAUACUUCCCCAAUAACAAGAAGAGCUUCUAUGAGGUGCGCAAUAAUGCGGCUCUUGUCCUCCUAAAUCAACACGUCUCGCUGAGCUUUCCCCGUCCCUACUCGCCCAACAUGAUCGAAGUGGGCGGUAUGCACAUCCAACGCCAGCGCCAGCCUCUGCCAAAGGACAUCGAGGAAUUCAUCAAAGGGGCCGAGCACGGAGUCAUUUACUUUUCCAUGGGCUCAAACUUGAAAAGUGCAGUUCUGCCCCAAGAGAAGCGUCAGGCUUUGAUUGACACCUUUAGCAAGGUCAAGCAACGCGUGUUGUGGAAAUUCGAGGAUUCCAAUCUACCGGGCAAGCCGGAGAAUGUGUUUAUCUCGGACUGGUUCCCACAGGAUGACAUAUUAGCGCAUGAGAAUGUCAAGUUAUUCAUUACACACGGCGGUCUGCUGAGCACCACCGAAUCAAUUUACCAUGGCACACCUUUUGUUGGAAUUCCGAUCUUCGGCGAUCAGUUCCUCAAUAUGGCACGUGCUGAACAGAACGGCUAUGGCAAAACAGUCAACUAUGAAGACUUGACAUCUGAGAGACUGCUGGCAGCAAUUAAGACACUAACUGAGGAUCCACAGGCACUCGAGUUGGUAAAAGACAUGUCGGCUCGCUACAGAGAUCAGCCACAGUUGCCACUGGAGCGUGCCGUCUAUUGGGUGGAGCAUGUGUCGAGGCACAAGGGCGCCAGAUACUUAAGAAGCGCCUCCCAGGAUCUUAAUUUUGUGCAAUACCAUAACCUGGAUGCCAUGCUGAUACUCUAUGGUGGCAUUCUGUUCGUGAUCUAUUGCUUAUUAUGGCUCAUACGCCGAGUGUGGGGAGCACUUCAGAACUUUUUCAUGGGACGGCAAUCGUCUAAGCCAAAAGUGAAACGCAAUUGAGUUAAGUUCGCGCUGAAACCUUAAGCUAUACAAGAGAAGCUAUAAACAUAUGUAUGUGUAUAAGAGUCACACUUUAUGCUUUUAAUUUUGCUCAUAAAAAUUGCGCACUUCUCGGUUCAAUUUGCCGUUAGCACUGAACUUGUAAAUAAAAUGGAAAAUACUUUGUAUAG